AUGGAUGCUCUUGCAAUAACUACACUCUGCCUGAGGGUGUCAUUUUCCUUAGACAAUCGCGUUGGGUACAUUCCUUUAUGGGAUGACGAUCCGGCUUACAUUGCCGAGCAAGAUAGAGAGAAGAAGGCUGGCAUGCCCCAAUGUCGAUGUUCCAACUGUUCCCCUGCGAAGGCUGAAAACUUGAUCCAAUCGCUCUCUGUAGCAAACAAUGAGAAUUUUGAUGACAUAUUGAAUGACAACUUCUCACUUCCAAAUAUCUACAACAUCAAAUACAAAUACCCCCAAAAGGCGGCAAUGGUGAAGAAACGGAAGUUCACUGAGGAAGAUGAGGCGGAGAUAAACGAGUUUGCGACUCUGCUCAUGUCGGACUUCCACUAUCAUUACAACACAAACAUCCGACCAGGUGGAUCGACUCAGGGCUCUGACAUCUUCGACAAGGAUGAUUGUAAGGCAAUUCUUGCCCAGUUGGAUACGAUUACAAACUCCCUCGAACUCAAACGACUCAUUGGAGGAGAUUGCUUUCUUGGACAGUCGGCUUGGUUGUUUGCCUGGCUUUCAAAUUACCGGUUGUCAAAUGUGAAUAAUUGCUCAACUACAAAGACACCCUUGAUCUCUCAGAAGCCCAAGCGACCUUGUGGGCCAGCUAAAUCUGGUUCCAUCCGUAACCCCUGCUCAGCCAAGCAACUCGGGGUUCCAAGGCCACCAACCAAGAAGGAGCUGGCAGCUCAGGAGAGCAGGAAAAGGUCUCUCGCUCGACAAGAGGCAAAGAAGAAGGAGGACGAGUUGAAUCAGAGGCGAAGAGAGCAAGUCCAACAGAUCAUGGCUGCGUCUCGUGAGGCACAUUGUAUAGCGCAAGGGACCUCAACUAGAUGA